AUGACGCAUUUAGCCUCUAGCAAGUUCAGAUUUAGAUCCUUGUGCCUGGUCGGCUCGCUGUACUACUUCAUUCCUCUCUCUGCAUUGGACAGGAGUAUUCCUGUCCGGGCCUUGACAGGGAAGAUGACAUUUCAGUGGGGUGUGGCUGGAGCUGCAUAUCAGAUUGAGGGUGCUCACGAUGCCGACGGCAAAGCACGAUCGAUCUGGGACGACUUUUGCAAAGUUCCCGGUGCUAUCAGCGACGGCACAUCCGCAGAGGUGGCAUGCGACUUUUACCACAGGUAUGAAGAAGACAUUGAGCUAGCGCGAGCUGCUGGCUUCAAGCACUUCCGCAUGUCAAUCUCUUGGCCGCGAGUUAUUCGAGAUGAUGGGCAGCCCAAUGAGGCCGGCAUCGCCUACUACUCGAAGGUCCUGGAUGCGCUUGAAAAAGCCGGCAUGGAGCCUUGCGUGACGCUGUAUCACUGGGACCUGCCAUCUUCCUUGCAGACGGCAGAGAUGCCUGGGUGGAUGAGCCCGCAGAUCAUAGACAAAUUCAUGGCCUAUGCCACGCUUUGUUUCGAACGCUUUGCAGGUAGGGUUCCCAUGUGGAUCACCUUCAACGAGCCUGCAGUGUUCGUCUUUGGAGGCUAUCAGGGAGGUUGGAAUGCUCCUGGUGUCAGGCAGUCGGUUGCUGAGGCUCUCGUAGCUGUCCGGCAUGUGCUGCUCGCGCAUGCAAAAGUUGUGGCACUCUACCGGUCCCGCUUCCAGAACGGCGACAAAACAAAGAAAAUAGGGAUCACACUGAACACACGACACUACAAGGCUGUGGAUGCAAGCGACACUGCUGCGAAGGGCGCCCAGCACAUGUUAGAGGAUCGCAUAGCUUGUUGGUCUGACCCCGUAGUCUUCGGCGAUUUCCCUGAGAGCUUCAAGGCAACGCACGGAGGCAGCACGGCCUUAGGCCUCAGCAAGCUUGAACAAGAAGCCCUGCGAGGCUCCAUCGACUUCCUAGGUAUCAACUACUACACGACAUCUGGCAUCCAGGAGGAUAGCCCGGCAGGUGCAGGCUCCGCCUGGAAGGUGGUGGAGCUGGGCGAAGCCUCGGGGGCUUCCUGGUUGCAUUCCUACCCCCAAGGCCUUAUUGAACUCUUGAGGUGGCUGUCAGGUCGCUAUCCUGGCCUGGAUGUUGUCAUUACGGAAAAUGGCUUCUGCACCCCGGGGGACGACCCAAAGGCAGUUGAGGAUGACGUCCGCGUCAGGUACUACCAAGACCACACCAACAUUGUUAAGCAGGCAAUUGACGAAGGAUUGCCCUUGAGGGGCUACUUUGCCUGGACUUUGCUGGACAACUUUGAGUGGGCAGGGGGCUACGAGGAAAGGUUCGGCAUGGUGCACGUUGACUUCAAUGACAAAAUGCUACCGCGCACCGUGAAGAGCUCCUACCGUUGGUGGCAACAGUUCCUGGAGAAAUCUUAG